AUGACUGCCAGCAAGCCACAUGACCUUUACCACACAGUCAAUCUUGUGACGCAAUGUCUCUGCAUUCCGAUCGUAUCGAUCUUUGUGGCGCUGCGCUUCUACACCCGAUGGCGAUUUAAGCAGAGCCUCGGGAUUGAAGACUAUGCAUGCGCCGUGGCUUGGGGUCUGUUCAUGGGAUACUGCGGGAUUAGUAUUGUCGUCGGAAACCAUGGCGGAGGAUACCACUUCGAUGACCUACGUGAGGAGACCAAGGUCCAAUACAAGAAAUUCUGCUACAUCGCCACCAUUCUCUAUUGCCCAAUGGCACUGUUCGUCAAAAUCGCCCUUCUAUCCAUCCUAACCCGCAUUUUUGCACCCUACCGUGGCAAGGUGUGGUUUAUCUACAUUCUCCUCGGCUGUCUGUGCACCUACUACACCAUCGCCCUUAUAGUCAAGAUCCGAAUGUGUGAUCCGAUUCCGCUAUACUGGCUCGGAGAGCUUCCAAACGGCGGGGGCUCAUGUCUUGACCAGGCUGCCGCUCUUAUAGCCGACUCGGUGAUUAGCGUGGUUAGCGAUCUCAUCAUCCUUGUUCUGCCACUGCCAUUGACAUGGUCGCUACAAAUGGAGCGCAGUCGAAAGCUUCGUGUGAUUGGAAUUCUCGGUGCUGGAGGUCUUGCCACAGGGUUCAGUGUGUACCGACUGGUGCUGGUGUUGAAAGAUGGCAAUUCAACGGAUCAGAGUAUCGUUUUCAUGUGUGUUAUCAUGUCGGGCAAUGCCGAAGGUGGUAUCGGAUUGAUCUGCGCCUGUCUUCCUGUUUUAAACGUCCUUUACGCCCACUACCGGAGAGCAUAUUCGUCCCAGAAAUACUAUAACCAAAGCUCCGAUGUUCAACUAGGGGAUCGCAAAUCAGGGAACAAUUCUCACUCCGCCGGCCGAUUUGGCAAGACACCGAAUUUCGGUGAUCAGAAUGACCAAAGCCAUCUCAUUUCCUUUGCAGGCGCUCCAGACGCAAGCGACUCGAUUUAUAAUGAUGACGGGAUUAGAAAGACGAUCGCAGUGGAACAGACCGUGGAAAGUACAGAUAGCCAGAGUCGUUGA